AUGGAAGUCGUCAUCGACCAGAAACAUUUGCGCAAACAAAAAGAGCUCUUCAAGAAGCCUUUCAUAGUGGAGAUCAUGGGCGCCGGAUUCGACAGACCUGCCGACACCGAUUAUUGGACAUGGCGGUUUCCUCGAAUGCAAAAGGUCCAUGAAGAUCGUACUUCAAAAGACGUGGUGAGCUUUGACGAGUUGCAAGAAUUAGCCAACCAGUGUCAGCAACUAGCCCCUGAAAUGUUGGGGAAGUAA